AUGGUCGAGCCCAGUGACACCAUCGAGAAUGUCAAAGCCAAAAUCCAAGACAAGGAGGGCAUCCCUCCUGACCAGCAGCGUCUGAUAUUUGCGGGCAAACAACUAGAGGAUGGCCGUACACUCUCAGACUACAACAUCCAGAAAGAGUCCACCCUGCAUCUGCCAGCACUGGACCUUCGACCCCUCCCAGCCGAGGCUCCUCAGCGCCAUGGAGCAGAGACAAGCCGUCUCACCACACCAUAUCUGCCUGCCUGA